UUUACACCCAAGUCCUAUCUAAUCUAAAAUGAGAGCUGAUGGAAGUUAUACAAGCUAAUAUUUCCGAGACUGACACACCUAUGUCUGCAUCCCGGUAAAACAUGACAGGAUAGCAAUCCUAGCUCCUAAAGCACAUAAAAAUGAGUGCCAAUAACCUAGAAAUUUCAUCAUUUUAGGGCCAGAUGUGUCCCUAAUAGAAUAAUGGAGCUCUUCUAAGUUCCAAGAAGCCUAGGAUCAACAUAAAUAAUGGAGCCCUUCUAAGUUCCAUGACGUGGCUGGACAGCCUAUGUCUUUCAGCGAUAUUAUAUCCAGAUUCAUGCAUUCUCAGGAGGAUGAUUACAGACUUGAACUCUUCUCAAUCAUGGCUUGGCUGCUGUGGAAUAGGCGCAACGCCAAGCACUUUGGCCGCCCAGUCCAGCCACUCACCAAGGUAUGUAGCUUGGCCGGUACCUACCUCCAUGAAUUCCUUGCAGCCCAGGCCGAGCCCCCAAAACCCCCUUGAUCCAAUAAUUCUGCAGCAGUGGAGACCCCCUGAUAAUAAUGUCUAUAAGGUGAACUUUGAUGCAGCCACAUUUCGGACCACCAAUUCAGCAGGCAUUGGAGUUAUCGUUCGUGAUUGUGCAGGUGAGGUCAUUGGUGCUCUCUCAAUGCCAAUACCGAUGCCCCAAUCAGUUGCAGCUGUGGAAGCUCUGGCAUGCCGCCGAGCAGUAAAGUUUGCUGCAGAAAUUGGCUUAACUCGGGUGGUAUUCGAAGGCGACUCAGCUGUGGUCAUCAAUGCAAUUUCCUCAACCAAGGGUGACCAGACCAGCUAUGGAAAUGUUAUUGAGGACAUUUGUGUUGUUGCUUCGGGUUUCCAACUGGUUGAGUUUCAUUAUGUUCCUAGAAUGUGUAAUACAGUUGCUGAUGCGCUUGCAAAAAAAGCAAGCACAGUGACUGAUAUCCAGGUCUGGUUGGAGGUUUGUCCAACUGAUAUUAUCCCUCUUGUGUUAAGGCACUUUUCAAAUGUAAGGAAUGAUCCUUGA